CACCAAUAUUUCUAUGAUGGCGAGAUCGAAAGAGAGAACGUAUAUAAGGCCAGUAGAACUCCGCGGGAAUAGGUAAACUCCUCCACAACCUCUUCUUGGUCUCUUGCAUUCCUUAAACUAUACCAAUCCACCACCACAAACACUAACAUCUCCAACAUGACUUCCAAAACCAUCGUCCUCAUCACCGGCGGCAACGCCGGCAUCGGCUACGAAACCGUCGCCAAACUCGCCGCCGACCACCCCUCCACCCACCACAUCCUCAUGGGCACGCGCAGCCUGGCCAAAGGCGCCUCUGCCCUCAAAGCCCUGGGCUCCCCCUCCAACGUGUCCCCCCUCGAGCUGGACAUCACGUCCGAUGCCUCCAUCGCCGCGGCCGUCUCCCAGAUCAAAGAGACCUACGGCAAGCUCGACGUCCUGGUCAACAACGCCGGCACCGCUGGCGCCAAUUUCGGCGACGUCGUCCCGCCCUCCCUCCACGGCAAAGACAAGACGCUCCGCGAAGUCUACACGCACGUGUAUGGCGUCAACGUCAUUUCCACGGCCGUGCUGACCGACGCCCUCACGCCGCUGCUCGACGCCGCUAGCCCCGGGCCCGCGAAGGUCAUCUUCAUCUCCAGCACCUUGGGGUCGAUCGGGACGUUUGUGGCGGGCUACCACAUCGUGCAGUGCCCGUGGUACAACAGCAGCAAGGCUGCGGUCAACUAUCUUAGCGCGUGGUACUCGAGGGUCAAGCCGGAGUGGAGGGUGAAUGCUGUGUGCCCAGGGCUGAACGCGACGGGGCUGAAUCAUGUGCCGUUGAACGAGGAGACGCACCCGAAGAAUGGGGCGGUUAGGGCAUGUGAGCUGGUUGAUCAGGGGGCAGAGGGGGUGACGGGGACGUAUUCGAGGAGGGGGCUGGAUAAGGAGUCGGGAGAUGUGAUUCCGUGGUAGGAGGGUUAAGGGGGUAAGACGGGUUCUGGAGGAUGAGGUUUCUGUACGUCGGUGGAAAUGGCCUGAUGGUAUUAUAGACACUUUGGAUGGUGUUGUAGUUUGCAGGUUGAACGUUUCAGAAGGUUAGCCCGAUGGCGAGGAGCUGCGGCUCGAGCGAGAUAGAAGAGUGAGAGACUUGGGAACUUGAGGCAGUUUUAGAUGAGCUGAAAUAAGCGAGGCCAGUCGGUCUUUGCAUGUUGUUCUACCUCAACUCCAUCUUUUAGAUAGUGAAAAGAAAUCCAUUGACUUUUCCUGAA